UCCCGACCGACUACUACUACUACUACGUACGCGUAGUCGCCGCCUUCUGCAAACGGAGAGAAAAAUAACUGGAGGGGAAGGAAGGGCAAGGUGUGAAGACCCUAGAAGCGGCUGUGGUCCCAUAGCCUAACUAGCCUCAUAAAAAAACCCAAGAAGAAGAAGAAGACCCAAGAAGCGGUGCAAAGCGUCACGGGGCUACGGAAGAAGAGGAGGAGGGCGUAAUUUCUCACAAGAAGUGGUACCGGCCGUGCUGGGAGGAGGACAGCGCCAAGUGACAGCACCAACUCUGUGUGUCCUGACAUCCACUGCUGGUGUUGAAGUGAGGGUCUGAGGCAGGCAGCACAGGGCCAGGACACAGCACACAACUAUGUGUCCUGACAUGCACUGCUGGUGUUGAAGUGAGGGUCUGAGGCAGGCAGCACAGGGCCAGGACACAGCACCAACUCUGUGUGUCCUGACAUCCACUGCUGGUGUUGAAGUGAGGGUCUGAGGCAGGCAGCACAGGGCCAGGACACAGCACCAACUCUGUGUGUCCUGACAUCCACUGCUGGUGCUGAAGUGAGGGUCUGAGGCAGGCAGCACAGGGCCAGGACACAGCACACAACUGUCUCCUGACGUGCACUGCUGGUGCUGAAGUGAGGGUGUGAGACACAUGCUGUGCUCAGCCCUCAGAGUCCUUGUUCCUUGGUGGAUCCUUCCCUCACCUGCUUGCUUGGUUCUUGAGUGUAGCAUUGAGGAAGACUUUCUGCCCCCUCACCCAGAAGGCUGGCCUGCAGCCUGAGUGGCCAGGAGCAGCAGAGCAGACUGUCACGGGUGAGGGGACCAAGGGCUGAUCAGAAGGACCACCACCACCUUGCUGCUGCCUUUUCCAGCCAUAGAGGAAAGGGAAAGGUUGAGUGUCAGGACUGUUGCACAAUUUGAUAGUUGAGAGGAAGUUCAUGAGAUGCAGCUUUGCACACACUGGUCAAGGGAACCAUGAGAGCCAAGAGUGUGAGAAAAGCCUCCCUGACAAGGGUGGCGGUAACUAACACACUCACUUACUCUGCUGAAAGAAGUAAUAGUUGUCAAGUCUGUGGGGAAAGUUUCAGUAAGAAGGGUAAACUCAAGACACACAUCCUUACACACACUGGUGAAAGAAAUCAUGAAUGUGAAGUUUGUGGGAAAAGAUUCAAUAAGAAGAGUAACCUCAACAGACACAUCCUUACACACACUGGUGAAAGAAAUCAUGAAUGUGAAGUUUGUGUGAAAAGAUUUAAUAAGAAGAGUAACCUCAAUAGACACAUCCUUACACACACUGAUGAAAGAAAUCAUGAAUGUGAAGUGUGUGGGAAAAGAUUUAAUCAGAAGAGUCACCUCAACACACACAUCCUUACACACACUGGUGAAAGAAAUCAUGAAUGUGAAGUGUGUGGGAAAAGAUUUAAUCAUAAGAGUCACCUCAACAGACACAUCCUUAUACACACUGGUGAAAGAAAUCAUGAAUGUGAAGUUUGUGGGAAAAGAUUUAAUCAGAAGAGUACCCUCAACACACACAUCCUUACACACACUGGUGAAAGAAAUCAUGAAUGUGAAGUGUGUGGGAAAAGAUUUAAUCAUAAGAAUACCCUCAACAGACACAUCCUUACACACACUGGUGAAAGAAAUCAUGAAUGUGAAGUUUGUGGGAAAAGAUUUAAUCGGAAGAGUAACCUCAAGACACACAUCCUCACACAUACUGGUGAAAGAAAUCAUGAAUGUGAAGUGUGUGGGAAAAGAUUCCUUUCAAAGUCCUACCUGAAGACACACAGCAUAAGACACACUGGCCACAAAGGGUUCAAGUGUGAUGUUUGUGGGAAGCGCUUUAUGACCAGAGGUGAGAUUGCCAGACACGUGAAGAUUCACCUCAGACACGUGAAGAUUCACCUCUGAGGUGUUGUGCUGUGCUGCUGUAUGUGGGAGAGAGUAGGUGGUGGAGGUCGGCAGUGACUUGCAUAGAAAACAGAAAACAUAGCCCAGAUGGGGAAUCCGGGGCAGGUUGUGUGUGUGUAUUUACCUAUUUGUAGCAUACAGGGCCUGAGCUCAGUCUCGGACAGUCCUGUCUCCCAAAUUAUAUUUUUCCAACUUUUCCUUCAUUUUUUAAUACUGUCCACUUCAACAAUGUAUUUGUUUAGCCUAUUCCAUGAAUCCACACUCCUGUAUGGAAAACUACUUUUUAAUGUCUUCGAAAACUCCCCCUUCUCAAUUUCUUGCUGUGUCCUCUUAGUUGCCUCCUCCUUUCCAUCUUGAUUUAGUCAUUUCUAUCCAACACGUCCAUUCAACUUGUAUUUCUGUACAAUGCUAUCAGGUUUCCUCUUUCUCUUCUUUCUUCGAGUGUUAUUUGACCCAGUUCCUACAAUCUAGUCUCGUGUGACAAGCUUGAUAGUUCUGGUACCAUCUUGGUUACAAUCCUUUGAAUCCUUUCGAGUUUCCUUAGAUCCAUUUUCCUGCGUGGUGACCAAACAGCCGCUGCAUGCUCUAGCCUUGGUCUAACCAAUGUGGUCAUUAUUUUCUUCAUCAUGUUCCCAUCCAAGUAGUGAAAUACUGCGCUAAUAUUUUGCAGCAAACUAUAUGUUUCUCCGAACAUCUCAUUUAUGUGCUUCUCAGGCGUCAGUGUAUCUUGUAUUAUGACUCUCAAAUCUUUUUCUUCAUUCACUAUGUCGAUGAAUGUCCCUCCCAUCUUAUAUACUCCUCAUGGUCUAUUUUUACUUUUCCCAUUUUCAUUGUGUGAUGCUUCUUAUUGUUGAACUCUAUUUCCCAUUCUUUACUACACUCAUAUAUUAUUAAUCUUCCUGCAGCUUAUUACAAUCAUCUUCAUCUCUAGUUGGAAGCUCUUCUGCCAUGGCCAUCCCCUGGUGGGAGCUCCUAGGAGCAGGCGUCCAUGAAAUGAUGAUGGUCUUCAUCUCUCAUUCUUCUGAGCAGUUUUGGGUCAUCUGCAAACAUGCUCAUAUAGCUUUACUUUUUCUGGCAUAUCAUUCAUAUAUAUCAAAAACAUUAUUGGCGCUAACACUGAUCCCUGUGGCACUCCACUUGUGACGUUUCUCCAAUCCAAUUUUUCAUCUUUUAACAUGGUUCUCAUUUCUCUGUUUGUCAGGUAGUUUUUGAUCCAUUCUGUCAUUUUUCUCCCAAAUCCUCCUCUGUGUUCUAGUUUCCACAGCAAUCUCUUAUGUGGAACUUUAUCAAAUGCCCUUUUUAGGUUCAAAAAUAUGCAGUCUGGCCAUCCAUUUCUCUCCUGUACUAUAUCUACAGGGGGACCUUGGGUAAUGAUGUCCUGGACCUGCAAUGUCUAGAGGUUACGAUACAACCCCCAUAAAUUAUUAUAAUAUCCUUGUUUUCACUUAUUACAUUUGUGUGUAGUAAUUAUAAACUUCCCGUAUGAACUAUUUACAACCUCGGUGUAAGAAUACGUCGUUACGUGGUGCUUGACCGAGGAAGAAGGCAAGUGCAUGUCCUGCUCUACACCAUUUUGGCUUGUUGUGCAUUCACUCUCUUUGGUUUGUGUUCUUUUUUCAUUUACCUUUUUUUUCAUACAAAUGUUUAGUGUCUAAUUAUGACUUUACCACUGUGCUAGCAUAGGUGAGUCAUUUAGGUGCUUGUGGCACUUUGAUAUAAGGGAUGGGGCUGAUAUUUCCUUCUGUUAAAGGGUUUGUUUUGAUUAAUUACAAAACUGGGUUACAACGUGUUGUAGGAACAGUACUCUGUAGUAAGUCGAGGAGCCCCUGUAUUACUCUUGAAUAAAAACAUAGAUUUGUGACACAAGA